GGCCCUUCCUGAAGACACCCUGGUUUCCAUGUCCUUACAACGGCCAUAAUGCAAUGCUAUACGGAGCUGACACCUCCCACAGCUGUCACACACUCUUUAAGUCUACCAUUCCUAUCCGCAGAUUCCAACAACCUCGUCGUCGCGAAAACCUCCUUGCUCCAGAUCUUUUCCACUAAGACCAUAUCUUUCGAAGUCGAAGGCUCAACAGAGACCGAUACCUCAUCUGCGAAGAAAGGCGAUAUCUGUGACACGAGAGUCAACGAUGAUGAAGGGCUGGAAUCGUCUUUCCUGGGUGUCGAUUCGGCGCUGCGCCGCUCUGAACGCGCGCAUAAAACGAAGCUCGUCCUGGUAGCAGAAUACACAUUAUCCGGCACAGUCACGUCGUUGGUACGCAUUAAGACUACGUCUUCGAAAUCAGGAGGUGAAGCACUGCUGGUGGGUUUCCGCGAUGCAAAACUCAGUCUGGUUGAAUGGGACCCAGAACGACCGGGAAUAUCGACGAUUUCGAUACAUUAUUACGAGCAGGAUGAACUCCAAGGAAGCCCAUGGGCACCGAAUCUCAGCGAUUGCGUGAACUACCUGACUGCAGAUCCGGGUAGCAGAUGUGCAGCUCUCAAAUUUGGGGCGCGAAAUCUCGCGAUCCUGCCUUUCAAGCAAGGGGAUGAAGAUGUUACCAUGGAUGACUGGGAUGAAGAACUAGAUGGCCCGCGACCUGCUGAUAAAACCGCCUUGAAAACACCCAAUGGGGAUAGCAGCAAACCAGAAACGCCUUACAGCUCCUCAUUUGUGUUGCGGUUAUCUUCCUUGGACCCCAAUCUUAUUCAUCCGAUACAUCUUGCGUUCCUGCACGAAUACCGCGAGCCAACAUUCGGCAUUCUAUCCUCGACAUUAUCACCAUCAUCCUCCCUUCUCUAUGAACGGAAGGAUCAUUUAACGUACAUGGUUUUUACCCUUGAUCUUCAUCAGAGAGCAUCAACAACCAUCCUGUCCGUGGGCGGAUUGCCUUACGAUUUAUUCAGAGUGAUUCCAUUGCCUCCGCCUAUAGGCGGCGCCCUUCUUGUGGGUGGUAACGAGGUCAUACAUAUAGAUCAAGCCGGCAAAGCUAAUGGGGUUGGAGUUAAUAUGUUCGCCAAGCAAUGUACCUCGUUUGGUCUCGUUGAUCAGUCGGAUCUGGAAAUGCGCUUGGAAGGCUGUACAAUUGAGCAACUUUCAAUCGAUAAUGGGGAGAUGCUCAUAAUUCUCCACGAUGGUACUCUUGCUAUUUUGAGUUUCCGCAUGGAUGGAAGAUCAGUUUCUGGUUUAAGCAUCAGACGAGUCUCGAGCGAGGCAGGUGGCUCUAUAAUUGCAGCUAGACCGUCAUCCGUAAGCUCUCUGGGAUCGAAUACCUUGUUCGUGGGUAGUGAGAACGCUGAUUCUGUCGUUCUGGGAUGGAGUCGGAAGACGGGUCAGACGUCUCGUCGAAAAUCCAGGCUCGAAUUGCUCGAUGGGGAAGACGAGGCGCUUCUUGAUGAAGAGGACGACGAAGAUGAUGGCGACGAUGAUUUAUACGGCGACGGCCCAUCAGUUACACAAGCCGCAGCAACGAACGGCGUGGAUAAAUUGGAUUCUACCAAUAGCAAGGCUGGGGAUUACGUCUUUCGGAUACAUGAUACGCUGGAAAGCAUUGCCCCUAUUAUAGAUAUGACAUUCGGAAAGCCUGGUCCCUAUCCGACCAGUGAAGAUAUGACCAACGCCAGCGGAGUAACAAGUGACUUAGAAUUGGUUGCAGCAACAGGUAGAGACAAAGCUGGCUCCCUUGCAGUCAUUCACCGGAACAUUCAGCCAAAAGUCAUUGGCCGGUUUGAGUUCCCUGAAGCCCGUGGUAUAUGGACUAUGAGUGCGAAGAGGCCUACACCUAAAGGCCUACAAGUUGACAAAGAAAAAUCAGCCAUGAAUGGGGAUUACGCUGCUGAUUCUCAGUAUGAUAGACUCAUGAUAGUAUCCAAAGCAUCAACCGAUGCUGCUGAACUGUCUGACGUUUAUGCACUAACAGCAGCUGGUUUUGAGGCUCUCACGGGAACAGAAUUUGACCCUGCAGCCGGUUCAACGAUAGAAGCUGGAACGUUGGGUAAUGGCAUGCGUGUCAUUCAGGUGCUGAAAUCUGAGGUCAGGAGUUACGAUGGUGAUCUUGGUUUGGCGCAGAUACUACCAAUGUAUGACGAUGAUACAGGAGCAGAACCGAAGAUAAUCAGCGCCGGCUUUGCGGAUCCUUUCUUGCUGCUGUUAAGAGACGAUUCCAGUAUCUUCGUCGCUCAGUGCGAUGACAACAACGAGCUUGAAGAGAUCGAAAGAGAGGAUGACGCUCUACUCGCAACAAAAUGGCUUGCCGGCUGCUUAUACUCCGAUACCACGGGUGUCUUUGCAAGUGUUCAGUCUGGCAAGGAGCAAAAGAAUGGACAAAAUGUUAUGAUGUUCUUGCUGAGCGCCGGGGGUGCAUUGCACAUCUAUGCAUUACCCGAUCUUUCUAAAGCUGUCUACGUUGCAGAAGGCUUAUGUUUUGUACCUCCGGUACUUUCAGCAGAUUAUGCCGCCAGGAGGUCAGCAGCUCGCGAGACUUUAACAGAAAUACUCGUCGCUGAUCUUGGCGAUGCGGUCUCGAAAUCCCCUUACCUUAUUUUGCGCGCAUCGAAUGACGAUCUCACGAUAUAUGAACCCUUCCGGACAGAUUCCACCACAACACCAAAAACUCUCUCAUCUUCCUUACACUUCCUCAAAUUAACCAAUCCUCAUUUAGCUGAGAAUCCCGAGGUUUCUGCUGCAGAGACCGCAGAAAAUACAUCCGGAUCCAGAAACAACCCAAUGCGUGCCAUCUCGAACUUAGGCGGGUAUAGUACCGUCUUCCUCCCUGGUGGCUCGCCUAGUUUCGUUAUUAAGAGCUCUAAGAGCAUACCAAAGGUCAUCGGUUUGCAAGGGGCUGGCGUCAGAGGCAUGAGCAGCUUCCACACCGCGGGCUGUGACAGAGGCUUCAUCUAUGCAGACAUAAACGGCGUAGCUCGAGUCUCACAGCUGCCUCCCAAUACGUCUUUUGAACUUGGAAUGACAUUACAGAAAGUCGAGCUUGGCCAAGCCGUACAUGCCAUCGCCUAUCAUCCACCUAUGGAGACCUAUGUCGUUGGCACCAGCAUUGGAACCGAGUUUGAGCUGCCGAAAGACGAUGACCACCAUCGUGAGUGGCAACGGGAAGAUAUCUCUUUCAAACCGACCACGGAGAAAGGGUUCCUCAAAUUAGUCAGCCCGAUAAACUGGACUGUCAUCGACACCGUCGAGUUAGACCCUUGCGAGAUGGUCAUGUGUAUCAAGACGCUGAAUCUUGAGGUUUCAGAGUCCACAAAUGAACGAAAACAGUUGAUCACUGUCGGGACAGCUCUGUCCAAGGGUGAAGAUCUUGCGAUUAAAGGCCGUCUUUAUGUAUACGACGUUGUCACGGUAGUACCAGAGCCGGAUCGGCCAGAAACCAACAAGAGACUCAAACUUGUUGCCAAGGAAGAGAUACCUCGUGGAGCUAUCACUGCGGUUUCUGAAGUCGGUACUCAGGGCUUUAUGCUUGUGGCCCAGGGCCAAAAAUGUAUGGUCCGAGGUCUGAAAGAAGACGGGACGCUGUUACCUGUUGCUUUCAUGGACAUGAAUUGCUACGUGACUUCUGUCAAGCAACUUGGUGGGACAGGUCUCUGCGUUAUGGCAGAUGCUGUCAAAGGAGUCUGGUUUGCGGGCUAUACUGAAGAACCUUAUAAGAUGAUACUCUUCGGCAAGAGUGCUCGAAACAUGGAAGUCAUGGCAGUUGAUAUCCUUCCGGACGGGAAAGAUCUCUACAUCGUGGUCGCCGACGCAGAUUGCAAUCUGCACAUUAUGCAAUACGACCCGGAAGAUCCCAAGUCCCUCCACGGCCAUCUCCUACUCCACCGCACCACCUUUUCCCUCGGAGGUCACAUGCCCACCACCAUGACACUGCUUCCGCGCACCAAACCAGCAACCAUGCUCCCAGCGACUCCGGACGCCAUGGACCAAGCAGCCGAUGCCACGAUUCCCGAAUACGAGAUCCUCAUGAGCGACAACACGGGCUCCAUCGCUCUCCUCUCUCCCUUAUCAGAAGCCCAAUACCGACGCCUCAGCACACUAACCAGCCACCUCACGAACACGCUCUAUCAUGCAUGCGGCUUGAAUCCCCGAGCGUACAGAGUGGGUAAGGAUGCGCCCGACGGAACGGUGGGUGGUAGGACCGUCGUCGAUGGCGGCAUGCUGAUGCGCUGGAUGGAGCUGGGCAGUCAGAGACGCGUUGAGGUUGCGGGACGCGUAGGAGUGGAUGUCGAGGAGGUGCGCGAGGAUCUGGCUGCGCUGAUGGGCGGCUUGGGAUACUUGUAAUAAGGCAGGCAGCAUGUACAAAUAUUGGUCUAGGUUCAUGUUUCAGGGAGGUUUGGCGAAUUCCUUGCUAGGUAGUUGAGAUUAAUUUAGAAAGAAAAUUAUCUCGGAAUUAUAAGUUGGAAUGCCGGAGUUAUCUUG